GCCAAACACAUUGCAAAAGGGGGCCAUCGCCUCUCCAAACUUUUUUUUUAAUAUAUUUUUUUUACCGAUAAUUCUUAUAUUUCAAAUUUAACCUUACAACUUUGUAGAUUUUUGAUAAUUUACUCCUAAAGAACUUCCUAUAAUUUUUUGCUUUUAUUAAUAUUUGAUUUUCUAUUCCACAUAUUUUCAAAAAAUUAAUAGUCAGCUCUCAGCUUCAUUAUUCCUUUGACCUCAUGAGUUGUAAAAUUGAAUAAGUGAAUAGAGUAGAUUAGUCCCAAACACAAAAUCUGGGCUCUGUUCCACUGGCAAUUGGAAAAGAGUGUGAAAAAGAAAAAUGGAGUUUCUGCAUACCCUGUUGACUUUCUGUUUCCUUGGGCAAGUAAAAAUGAAGACGACAAUGAAAAUGACAGAAUUAAAAUAAUUUCAUCCCCCGACUUUGUAAAUUUUUUGCAUCUGAAGAAGAGAACAAACCAUCAUCACAAUACCUUCAAGCGUUCUCCACCUAGAUAGCAGGUUCUACGCUGCCCUCUUAUCUACUGCAUUCUGUUUCUUCUUCCAUUUAUAGAAGCCUUGCGUCUGCUGCUGUUGCUAGUGUUUUUGUGGUCUGUUUUGAUGGAAAUUCCAAGAGAAUCAACCACUGAUGUCUCAAUUGGCAUGGAAGAUCCACACGCCAGUCUGUUGUUAACUUCUAUGAAAAGCAGGUUAGAGAACUUGUCUCCUGUAUCCUCAGAACGUUGUAUUUAUAGAGUUCCCAAGAGAAUCCGAGAUGUAAAUCACAAUGCCUACACGCCUCGCUUAGUUUCAAUUGGUCCCUUUCACCAUGGCAAGCCUGGCUUGAAAGCCAUGGAAGAGCACAAAUGGAGGCAUUUACAGAAUUUUCUGCGGCAAACUAGGGUAAAGUUGGAUGAUCUAGUAAAAUUCAUCAAAGACCGGGAGGAGCGAGCACGAAACUGUUAUGCUGAGACCAUUGCGCUUACCAGUGAUGAAUUUGUGCAAAUUCUUAUUGUCGAUGCCACCUUUACCAUUGAUAUUUUAUUGGGAAAAGUUAUUCCUCAGUUAACAUGCGCCAUAGAAUGCGUUUAUGAUAGAUCGAGCCUUAUGUUUGAUAUAUAUCGUGACAUGCUAUUGAUCGAGAAUCAGCUUCCAUACUUCAUUCUUGGGGAUAUCUUGGACUUUGCCAAGAGCAUAGCAGCUUCUGGUUCAAGUCAAUGGCCUUCCAUCCUUGAGCUAACCCGUGUUUACUUCAAUUCCUAUAUGCAACUAGGACGUGCAUCCCAUCCCAUGAGACGCUCUGAAGUAAAUCAUUUCGUUGAUUUUCUCAGGCUUUGUCACCAACCAAUCAAACCAAGGCAGACACCAAGAGAAAAUCGCAAGUUCGAAAUGACAAGAAGCUCAACUGAGCUGCGUGAAGCUGGAGUCAAAUUUAAGGUAGCAUCAACAACACACUUGCUGGACAUACAAUUUAAUGAUGGAGUUCUGGAAAUACCAUAUAUAAGAGUGAGUGAGAUAACAGAAGCUUUUUUCCGGAAUCUUAUUGCAUUCGAGCAGUGCCAUUGUCACACUUCCUACAUUAGUGAUUAUAUAGUCAUCAUGGACAGCCUUAUAAACACUCCCCAUGAUGUGGAAGUACUUGUCAAGUAUGGGAUUAUGAAAGUCAUGCUGGCUAACAACGUAGAAGCUUCAACGCUUUUCAACAACCUUGCCAAGGAAAUACUAUAUGAUUCUCAUGUGUUUUAUUAUUCUCUUCUCUGUGAAGACCUUAAUACCUUCUGCAAAGUCCGUUGGCACAGGUGGAAGGCGACGUUAAAGCACAAUUACUUCAACACUCCAUGGACAGCCAUUUCUGUCAUUGCAGGAGUUAUUCUUCUUGUGCUAACUUUCAUACAGGCUGUGUGUUCCAUUAUACAGGUGUCAGGAUCCAAGCUUGCAUAGCUGAAGAACAUGAAAGGCUGUAAGGGAAUCACAGUAGAGCAUAGCAAUUUGGCCCAAAUGACAAGAAAUUUGAAGAAAUUAGAAGGGUAUCAAGGAGCAACCAGUAGCUGGCCAGUAAAUGAAGGAAUAUUGUCAGCAGAUGGGCACAAGAAAGUUGUUAUUUUUUGUUUCUGGCCGUUCUGUUAGUUUGUCAUUUUGUAUUGAAUCAAGAUCCUCUCAUGUUCAACUUGAAAAUGAGAGAAUCUCAAUCCGUCUUUAGCUGUCAUUUUAGUUAUUUGUCUUUCAUUCUGUUUGUAACAGAAUUCCCAAAAGAAACCACUGUCAUAACCUAUUUAAGGCAGGAAACAUAUGGAUUAUCAUCAUACUUUUACAGAAAUCAAUACAAACUCCUAUCUAUUUCUUUUUUUCUUC